AUGUCUAAAGGGAACAGGCAGAGUCAUGUUGUCUUGUUCACCAAUUCAUCCAUAUUAACCCGCAUGGUGUGGGCUCCUUCUAGAACUUCCAGUCCUUGUUGCAUUGCAUCGUCUUAUAAACCAGACAGCGGUUGGACAAAAAUGUCUGCAGAGUGGUUGACUGACUGGACCUGUUUACUGAGAGGACUUCGUGACCUGAUUGCUGGGUGCAUCCAAGCUGUGCGUGACUGCAAUACCUUCGCCCUAACUACCGUUGUCUGCCUCUUAUUGUUGUUUGCAUGGUAUUGUUACCGAGUUGGUAAGGACCAACCCCGUUCUCCCUUUGCCACUGUGAAUUUACUCAUACAGAGUUCGGACGCCAAAGGCUUGCAGAACGGGUUUGCUUAUUGCCACUCACGUGAGUGUGUACGUUGUACCCAUAAUGAAGGACUGAACCAAAAACUCUAUCAUAAUCUGCAGGAAUAUGCCAAAAGGUACUCCUGGUCUGGCAUGGGCAGAAUUCACAAAGGCAUCCGCGAACAAGGUCGUUAUUUAAACGACAGGCCAUCCAUACAAAAGCCAGAGCUUUUUUUCCUUCCUGAUUUACCAACCAUGCCGUAUUUUUCGCGGGAUGCUCAAAAGCAUGAUGUGGAGCUGCUAGAACAGAACUUUGCCACUAUCCUCAGUGAAUUUGAAGUCAUCUACAAGGCCUUUUCAAACUGCAGCAUGCCUCAAGGUUGGAAAUUAAACAGUACUCCAACUGGGGAAUGGUUCACAUUAUAUUUAGUCAACCAAGGUGUGUGUAUCCCUGCCAAUUGCAAGAAAUGCCCACGGACGUAUCGCUUGCUUGGAAGUCUUCGUACCUUCAUUGGCAACAAUGUGUUUGGGAAUGCUUGUAUAUCUGUGCUUACCCCAGGAACUGUCAUCACAGAGCAUUAUGGACCCACCAACAUCAGAAUAAGAUGCCAUCUAGGUUUACGAAUCCCAGCCAACUGUGAAUUGGUGGUUGGAGGAGAGCCACAGUGCUGGGCAGAGGGACAUUGCCUUCUGUUUGAUGACUCCUUCCUGCACACAGCAUUUCAUGAAGGUUCAGCAGAAGACGGUCCUCGAGUGAUUUUUAUGGUUGAUCUGUGGCACCCCAAUGUGGCAGCAGCUGAACGUCAAGCACUUGAUUCAAUAUUUGCUCCCGGACGCUGA